GAUAUACAUAUACUUCCCCAGUUCUCCGGUUUCUCCCUAAACGCAAUAUUCGUGUGCUGCUGGCGUUUCAACGGUAGGCGGUAGGCGGUAGGUCGGUAGCGUCAGUGUCAGUGCCGUCAGUCGUCAGUCGCGCGCUUGGCGUCCUCACGAGAGUUUCGUGGUUUGUGUUGUUUUCCACCUUCGAGUUCCGCGGCGUCGGUUGCAACGGAAAAACGAAACACGCAACGCGUCCUUCGCUAUUCCCGCAGGAUAAACGCAACGUCGUCGGAUCUGGCGGCGGUUUUUAUGGUCUCGUAACUGGCCGUACGCGUGUGUGCGAACGUGAGUGAGGGAGAACGAUAACGGCGUCCAUCGGCGCAUUCUCCGAGGGGGAGUAGAGAAUGAGUCAGGCGGAUCAGGACAAAAGCAUGGACAAAAAGGAGAUUGCCGAAGAGGAGAAAGAGAAGAUGCUGAACGCCGAGAAUACGAAGCACACCGGCGCCGCACCUGCGUCCGAUCUCGAAUCCGAGGAACAGAAACCGAAGAAGAAGAUACCAAUCGGCGGCAUCAAGAUGCCCGGAUUCUGCCGUACGAAGAGCAAGGAGCCGUGCAAGGAUGACGAGACGAAACCGACGGAGCCCGCGGAUGCGGAAUCAACCCCGGCGGUGACAAAGGAGACCGAGCAAAAUGCUUUGUCUGCGGAAAAGCCUACCACGCCCGCUAAAGAUUCUAAGGAGAAGGAAGGGCGAAAGGGAAUCUUGAACGCUAUUCGGAUACCUUUGGUGUCGUCCGUUUUCCCCAGGAGGAAAAAAGAAGUCGAUGCCGAAUUAGGACAGACUGGCGCCGCCGGAUUAGCGAGUGUCGAGACACUUGACGACGGCGCUGCCGAAAAGAGUCCUAUCACUAACGAAGAUGGCAUGGAAACCGUGCGACUCGACGGAGAGGAUGGGACUGAUCACGCUGAACCACCAAAGCAUCCCUUGGCGGUGUUUAUAUCCGCGCUCCGAAGACGCGUGGUUGCCUCAGUGGUGACCGUGCUGGUCCUGCUCAGCGUCAUCGUUAUCAUCUGUAUCGCUUUCGCCGGACCCAGGAGAAUUCCUACCCAGCCCCUGAAGAACGGCAAGUACAUCGAGGCGGUGACGUCGUGCGGUCCAGUGCAGGGCAUCCUCGAGGAUGGCGCCUACGCGUUCCGAGGCAUUCCAUACGCGAUGCCGCCGGUCGGCAACCGUCGCUGGCAAUCGGCCGAAUCUCUGAGCCGCAUCGAGCACUGCUGGAACGGCACUUACCUGACGCACAACACCUCGAACAGCUGCUGGCAGCGUGAGAUAUCCGGUCGCAUGGACGGCGUCGAGGAUUGCCUCUAUCUUGAUGUGUUUACACCAAUGGUCGGAUACGACUCCCCGUUACCCGUGGUCGUUAUGAUCGGCGCUGAAACUCUGAGCGGCGGCUCGCCCGGAGUGAUGCAACCUUCAGCCAAGCUGGCGCGCGUCCGCGAUGUCGUAUUCGUGCGGCCAAACUUCCGAAUGGGAAUUUUCGGAUUUUUGGCGGUCGAACCACUCACCAGAGCGACCCACCCUCCAACUUCGGGAAACUACGGAUUAUCAGACAUCAUAGCAGCCCUUCAGUGGGUACAGUUGAACAUCGAGAACUUCGGCGGCAACAAGUCGUCCGUCACUCUGUGGGGACAUCGGGCGGGUGGCACUCUCGUGACGACGCUGAUCGGCUAUCGUCGAGCCAAAGCUCUUUUCUCGAAGGCGUGGAUAUCCAGCGGUAGCGCGAUCUUUCCGGGCAAGGAGCUGGAAAAGUCUGAGAACAUAAACAAACAAUUUCUUGAAUCGAUUCGCUGCAGCGACGCCGCCUGCCUUAGAAGCAAGAGCGCCGAAGAUCUCAUGGACGCCGUGCCGGCGAUGUGGUACGUGAGUAACGCGGGUCUGCCGGAAAUGAAGGAAGCCGGAACUUCCUACAUGGAAAGGAGGCACGAGUGGCUCGUUCUGGACGGCACGAUUCUUCAGGAGCACGUCGGCCAGAUCUUGGCGAAUAAGGAUAAUCUUAUGAAAGUGGUAAUGGGCACCACCGCGCACUCCGGUACCCCGUCACGAUAUCUGUCACCGAAUGUCACUCUUAACGCCACGCAAGUCGAGAGCAUCAUACGAGAAUCUCUACUCGGGACUUCGGGCUAUGCAGACGAGGCUCUGAGGCGCUACAAUGCUACGUUGAAAGGAUUGGUCACAAUGAUCUCCGACAUUCGUGUAGUAUGCCCGUUGUUGACGCUUGCCAGGAUGAAAACCAACAUACCGUUUUACGUAGCUACUCAGCCACGUCGACAGUAUUUGGCAGAUCCUGAUAGCGAUGCCGCGGCCAUUCUGGGGACCUACGCUGCUGUUACGCCCGAGGAGAAGAGACACGUGUCGGCUAUGCAACAGCUAUUCAACCAUUACGUGUGGCACGGCGAAGUCGCGCAGGCCGAUCAAUCGGGCGCGAAGCGAGUCUUGGUUGUCGGUCAGGACACGCUGCUCGCGAAAGGCUAUUCAAACUGCGAUUUCUGGAUAGAGAAAAACAUCGUACCUAUGUACGGUCGAGUCGAUUAAAAAAUCUUUUUUGCUGUGCAAGUCUGCGUGCUAGGAUCUGGGAACCCGCACCUCGAAUGGCUCGCAUUGUCCGUUGAAAUUUCGCGGACGUUGAUCCUCUCACGACACAUAUAUGUACUUUGACUACUUAAAUAGAUCGAAUACGAUAAACGGUCAAUGAGAUUACGCAGAUUAACGAACAAAGAUCAUGCCUUUGUGGUGCGACGUAUAGUAGUACCUGUCUAAUCAUGACAAUUAAUUAAUGUAAAAGCCAAAAUAUAAAAUAGCGAUAAAAAAAGGGAAAGAAGUAAAGAAAUGUAUGUAGAUAUCUGUGUAUACCGACGUGAGUUCGUUCUCAAUGCUGAAGUAUGACGAUAUUUUACAAACUGUAUAGCAACGAGAAAUGAAUGUUGUUCUUUGUAUCCGAGAUAAACGAGCGUCUGACCACAAGGCACGAUGGACUUUUAUGUAUGUGUAAAAAUGUGAAUCAAACUGUAAUAUAUUGCAUAAAGGCAGCAAAGUGUGCCGAGGAAGACGCGUAGGGGAACACGAGCAUAGCUUAGGAAACAAAAGGAUCGACAGUUAUAUUAUACAAUUACAUAUUCUUUUAAGGCGUGAGUAAGUGAGUGCGAGAAGGAUAAAAGGAGCAACAAUCUUCGACAGUCUUCUAAGAUCUCCGGGUCAAUCGCAUUUUCGAUGAAAAUUUCCCUAAUUCGAGCGUAGAACCGACGCCUCAAGUUAAAAAUUUUUGGCUUAUUACGCAAAAAGAGUAUCUUAUUCUUCAUACGUCUCUUCAUAUUCAGCUCAUAUUAGACAUAAAAUAACGUAAAAAAAACUCAAUAUAAACCAAUAGUUAGUAGAUUAUUGGCGCAUCACCUCAGCGAGAACGAAUUCGUAUCCCUACACAUAACGGACCAUGCUCUUCUACUACGGGAAGUAUUCUUAGAUCAGGAGGUUUGUCUCUCUGGGGAAUCACAAGUGGGACAUGUGCGUUUAUGGAAACGGUAUUCUAUUCGGACGGAAUAGCUUUCCUUUAUACUAACAGUUUCUUCUUUUGUAUGAAAAUACAUUUUUUUAUUACCGGUAUUUCUUUACACAUUUAUAACUUAUUGCUAGAGAAAGCGGUUCUCUUCUACGGCGAGGGAAUUGCAGACUGAACCAAUAUACGAACAGUAUUUAUCUAUCCAUUUAAUGAAUCUUCGUGCAGGCUUUCUGUAGGGAAUUCAGACUGAAACUGCCAAAUUUGGUACUUUUUAUACUGCGUAACAUUACAUUACAUUAUUCGCUUGAAUGAUAAAAAUUCUAUCGUUGCAUAGUAUUCGGACUUUGCGUAUAUAAAAGAUAAAAAUAAACAAGCUACUCGCACGAUCGAUAACUUUCCUGCGCGUUUCUCUUCCGUAAACGCGACUCGUGUCCCGGAAACGAUAACGAUCUUGAUAUUCUUCUAUGAAUCUUUUUUUACAUUUUUACGAUUUACGAUUAUUACUCAAUGUGUUAUUAAGUAUAAUUUAUUUUCACUAAUAUGUGAUAAAGUAGCACUUACUCGAGAAAUCUGUACGUUGUUUUAUUUUUUAUUUUAUAGAUAGGUCGUCUUGCAUAAUUCAUUAAUUUCCAUUAUCUUAAUAUUAUCCAUGCAAAUAGAACAAUGGCAUUCGUAACAAACGUCCGUUGUGACUGAUCGCAAGUGAUUAAGAGUUCCACGGAAUUCUAAGUAUAAUUGCUAGUAUAUCUUCAUCCGUACGUGGAAGACAUUUGGAUCUUUUGAGAAUAUCUAUAGCAACGAAACCACAUAGUAUACAUAUAACGAGCGUUGUAUUUUAUAUAAAGGGAUAAAUUUCAGAAUAGUAUGUAUAAUUUUCUGAAUAUUUUGGAUAUUCGCUUCUACGUACGUGUUGCCGCGACUCUUUAUGCGCGGAGAUUAAUAUGUAAACGCAUGUACGUUAUCUCCUCGAGCAAGUAAAAUAUGUGUGUACGUACUCACCGCGUACAAAUUGCAUAUCCUCGUACAAUUUGAUUGCAAUUACAGUGUGGCUAGGUAAUACAUGCAAGAAAUAUUACUGGUGACUUAUUGUACUCUUGAAUGUUUAGCGAUACUAAGGCAAUUGCAUUCCAUCGAAACUUCAUGCAAAUGCUUGUGUUAUUCUGCUCUUUAUUCGCUUCACUUUCGGACGUAUACUAUAAUCACAAUAAAACCAUACACCCGAUAAAAACAAUACGUGGAUCCACGUUAUUGCUACGUGGAUUCGACGAAAUUACGUGGAUUCGACGUGGAUAUGACGUGACUGUUUUUAUCGGGCAAUAGCUAAAUUAUUCUCAGAUUCAAAAUGUCGUUUAGAAUAUUCUCUGUAUAUUUUAAUAUUUUUUAAAGAGAUGAUCGCAACGAUCUAACAAUAAGCGAAAUAAAUAUACUUUUUUAGCAAGUAUCCUUAAAAAAAAGAACUUUAAUUAAUGUAUUAAUUAUUGAAAGAUAGAUAUGGUUCUAAUUCAUAAGCAUAAUAUCGACACGACAGAUGAUUCGUCGACUUAUUUAUACGGUGCGAUAGUAUUUUGAUAUAUAUCGCGAGUUAAUUAUAAGUAUAGAGCGAGAAAUUGAUUUGUAUGUAUUAUAUAGGGCCUCGUACUAUCGGGUAUAUAUAUAUACAUAUGUGUGUGUGUGUGUGUGUGUGUGUG